AUAAGUAGGAUAUCACUGUUGAAAUAGUUGAGUUAAAUGACUAUGUUUAAGUCACUACAGUCGUCGCAUUUUCGGACAAGUAUCGUGAUAUUUGGAGGAAUAUGUGUCCACCUAAGCAUAGGAAGUUUCUACAUCUUUGGCAACAUAAGUCCUUACAUGAUAUCCUACCUGAGAAAUCGAACUGAUGAACACAGCCUAAAGAAUGUGGACAAUUUAUGGAUCAGCAAUGCGGCUGCAUUGACGGGGCCUUUUGGAAUGGUACUCGGGGGAAUCAUGGACAGGAAAUUCGGUGUAAGGGUUUCCACUGGGAUUGGGUGUCUGAUAUUUUGCUUGGGCGUGUUCCUCACACACUUCUCCCUGAAGAGGUCAUUGGUUCUGGUUGCAAUCACAUACGGGUGUGUAACGAACAUGGGCUCCUCGUGGGCAUAUGGGCCGCCAAUACAAACGGCAGCAAAGUGGAUGGUCAAAUGGCCGUCUGUAGCUAUGGGUCUGAUACUUUGCGGGUUCGGGGGAGGAGCGUUGAUAUUUAACCAGGUCGUUACAGCGUACAUUAACCCGAACAACCUUUCACCGGACUAUGAGGACGAAAAUGGGGAUAAGUUCUUUACCAACAAAGACGUCUUGGAUCGCGUGCCAAACCUGUUCUUCAUAUUAAGCGGGAUUUACCUCGGGAUGCAGGCGUUGGGCGUGCUACUUCUGUCAAACCCUUCCUGGAAACCUAUGCUUAUCGAACAGGUGCCCGGGACAAAUGGUGACCAUAAAGAAGAUGAAAAGGGGACAGAAAAAGACGGCGAGACAGUGGGGCUUAUUCCAAGUCCAGAGCCUUCCAUUGCCGAGGUAUUGAAGACGAUGCUUUCAAACAAGAAUUCCUGGAUAUGGGUGGUUAUAUUGUUCCUUGUGUACGGAGGGAUGACCUUUGUAAAUGGUUUAUACAAGGCGUACGGGCAGACGUUUAUUUCCGACGACCAUUUUCUGGCGUGGAUCGGAUCAUUGUCCUCUAUAUUCAACUGCUUAUUCAGACCAGUAUGGGGAUUUGUUAUGGAUAGAUAUGGUUUCCAGGUGGCUGUGAAAUGCAUCUGUACAGGGUUCGUUUGUUUUUGUUGCACAUUACUUUUCACGGAGGAUCUGCCAAAGUACGCCUAUCUUUUAUGGAUCUGCUGCCUUUAUGCUUGUUAUUGUGGUGUUUUUGUUGUUGGACCUGCAGUAUUUGGAAAGCUAUUUGGAUUGGACAAUAUUGCCCUAAACUUAGGAUUAACUUUCGCAGCUCUUACUGUAGCGCAGAUUAGUUCUGGUUUUAUUGGAUUGAACUUACAGAGCACCUUGGGUUGGCAUGGACUAUUUCUCUUGGCUGGUGCAAUGGGGACCGUAGCUUUCUUCAUUUCGUUUUUAUUUGAUGGCAAAGAUCAAAGGGGGAAUCCUAUAUAGCUACAGUUUACAGCUGGACAAAUGAAGAUUAAUCAGUUAAGGUCAUGAUUCAGUUGACAGAUCGGACUACUGAAACUGGUUCAUGAAGUGGACAAAGAAUUAUCUCAUCGAUCCAAACUCUUUUUUUUAAUUUUGCAGACCGGGAAAUUGAGAUUUUUUUGAGAACACAACUGUUUCAACACUAUAGUAGAAAUAUACUUGAACGGUUACACGCUUUUAAAAAUUCGAUCUGGAUGCAUACAAAACGAUUUAAGGACGUAAAACGUCUUAUUUGUGUACAAGUGAAAAUAAUUUGGAAAAUGAUAUACGUUUGUUGUUUGUGCUUAUACCAAUACUCUAUCUACAUGUUUCUCAUAGCAACUGUAUACACAAAUAUGUUUGUCGACGGCCUAGUAAUAUGACUGUGAAUACCCAAUGGCACGAAUAUGACAUGCUUUCGUUUUAAUUCGUUCCAAUAGAAAACGUUAAACAUAUAAUUUAAUUAUCUGAUGUUUGAUGAAUUAAAUAAAAAUUAUGUUUAAACUAA